AUUUUCUGGUGCUUCCAAUCAGCUGUUGACGGCAUGGCACAUGCUUUACCACGAAACAUACAAAAGACAACAAAAAUGUCAGGCAUGCUGAAACCUCUCACCUUCGAGGUGAUAACAGAGUGCAAAACAACAAAAGCGAGGACCGGAAAAAUGGUACUGGUACAUCAUCACGUUGACACACCAGUCUUCAUGCCUGUUGGCACUCAAGGAACCCUCAAGGGAUUACUGCCACAACAAUUAGAAGAUUUGAAUUGCCAGAUAAUGUUGAGCAAUACUUAUCACUUGGGGACACGUCCAGGGCCAGAGAUCCUGAAGAAAGCCGGAGGCCUCCACAAAUUCAUGAACUGGAAGAGAGCCCUGUUGACGGAUUCUGGAGGUUUUCAGAUGGUGUCUCUCCUGAAAUUAGCUGAAAUAACAGAGGAAGGUGUGAAAUUCAGUUCACCUUACGAUGGAUCGGAGUGCAUGCUGACCCCUGAGCACUCGAUAGAGAUUCAAAAUGCUAUUGGUGCUGACAUAAUAAUGCAGCUUGAUGAUGUGGUAGCGAGUACCACCACUGGUCCAAGAGUUGAGGAGGCAAUGCAUCGAACAACGAGAUGGUUGGAUCGAUGUUUGAGUGCCCAUCAACGACCCACAGAGCAGAGUGUCUUUCCAAUAGUCCAGGGAGCUCUGGAUUCAAACCUGCGUAGUCAAAGUGCACAGAAGCAAUCGCAGAGGGAAGUCAAUGGAUUUGCUGUUGGUGGUCUGAGCGGUGGCGAGAGUAAAGAUAAUUUCUGGAAAAUGGUGCAUUUAUCCACUGACAUUCUACCCAAAGACAAGCCGAGGUACCUCAUGGGUGUGGGAUUUGCUGUUGAUCUAGUAGUAUGCACUGCACUGGGGAUUGACAUGUAUGAUUGUGUAUUUCCAUCGAGAACAGCUAGAUUUGGAUGUGCAUUAGUGAGAUCUGGACAGCUGCCUCUUCGUCAGAGAAUUUACAAAUACGACAAACGCCCAAUCGAUGACAACUGCAACUGCACCACCUGUAGUACUUACACCAGAGCCUAUCUCCAUCAUCUCGUGACGAUGGAGACUGUCGCCUGUCAUUCAUUAACUGUUCACAAUAUUGCAUUCCAAAUGAGACUCAUGGGGGACAUCCGGGAGAGUAUUAACAAUCAAAAAUUUCCAGAGUUCAUUCGAGAAUUCAUGCUCAAUGUUUAUCCUGAUAAAAAUUAUCCAGAGUGGAUUGUCAGUUCUCUCAGAGCUGUCAACGUCGAGCUGUCGUGAUUCUGGGCUGAAUU